AUGCUCCUCGCAUCCGGGCGCCGGCUGAUGACGCACACGCUGCGCGACGCACGCACACGUCGCCCCGCGCUGCUGCGACGGCGCGCGCAGGGAGGCGCGAGGCAGCUCCGGGCUGUCACCGUGCGCCAGCGUCCCGCCUCCUCCGCUCCCCGCGCUCCCACCGCCUCGGCGAUUCGGCCCCCGCCUCCGCGGCGGGUGAAGGUGUACACGCUCAACGAGGACCGCCAGUGGGACGACCGGGGCACCGGGCACGUGUCGUCGGGCUACGUGGAGCGGCUGAAGGGCAUGUCCCUGCUCGUCAGGGCGGAGAGCGACGGUUCUCUACUUUUGGAGUCCAAAAUAAAUCCUAACACUGCAUACCAGAAACAACAGGACACUCUGAUUGUGUGGUCUGAAGCAGAAAAUUAUGACUUGGCCCUUAGCUUUCAAGAAAAAGCUGGAUGUGAUGAAAUUUGGGAGAAAAUAUGUCAGGUUCAAGGAAAGGACCCUUCAGUGGACAUCACUCAGGAUCUUGUGGAUGAAUCUGAAGAGGAGCGUUUUGACGACAUGUCGUCGCCAGGUCUGGAGUUGCCGUCUUGUGAAUUAAGUCGCCUCGAGGAAAUUGCAGAGCUUGUGGCAUCAUCUUUACCUUCGCCCCUUCGUCGUGAAAAACUUGCAUUGGCACUGGAAAAUGAGGGUUACAUUAAAAAGCUCCUGGAGCUCUUCCAUGUGUGUGAGGAUUUAGAAAACAUUGAAGGACUGCACCACUUGUAUGAAAUUAUCAAGGGCAUCUUCCUCUUGAAUCGAACUGCUCUUUUCGAAGUUAUGUUCUCUGAGGAAUGUAUAAUGGACGUCAUUGGAUGUUUAGAAUAUGACCCUGCUUUAUCACAACCACGAAAACACAGGGAAUUUCUAACAAAAACUGCCAAGUUCAAAGAAGUGAUUCCCAUAUCAGAUCCUGAGCUGAAACAAAAAAUUCACCAGACCUACAGAGUCCAGUACAUCCAAGACAUGGUUCUCCCCACCCCUUCGGUCUUUGAGGAAAACAUGCUGUCAACGCUUCACUCCUUUAUCUUCUUCAAUAAGGUAGAAAUUGUUGGUAUGUUACAGGAAGAUGAAAAAUUUCUGACAGAUUUGUUUGCACAGCUAACAGAUGAAGCAACAGAUGAGGAAAAAAGACAGGAAUUGGUUAACUUUUUAAAAGAAUUUUGUGCAUUUUCCCAAACCCUACAACCUCAAAACAGAGAUGCUUUUUUCAAGACUUUGUCAAACAUGGGCAUAUUACCAGCUUUAGAAGUCAUCCUUGGCAUGGAUGAUACGCAGGUGCGAAGUGCAGCUACUGAUAUUUUCUCAUACUUGGUUGAAUAUAAUCCAUCCAUGGUACGAGAGUUUGUCAUGCAGGAGGCACAACAGAAUGAUGAUGACAUUUUGCUCAUCAACCUCAUCAUAGAGCAUAUGAUUUGUGACACAGACCCUGAACUUGGAGGAGCAGUCCAGCUCAUGGGCCUGCUUCGAACUUUAGUGGACCCUGAGAACAUGCUGGCUACUGCCAAUAAAACAGAAAAGACAGAAUUUCUGGGUUUCUUCUACAAGCACUGUAUGCAUGUUCUUACUGCCCCCUUGCUGGCAAAUACAACAGAAGACAAGCCUAGUAAAGAUGAUUUCCAAACUGCCCAGCUGUUGGCACUUGUGUUGGAAUUGUUAACAUUUUGUGUGGAGCACCAUACCUACCAUAUAAAGAACUACAUUAUCAAUAAGGAUAUCCUCCGGAGAGUGCUGGUCCUCAUGGCCUCAAAGCAUGCUUUCCUGGCUUUGUGUGCCCUUCGUUUUAAGAGAAAGAUUAUUGGAUUGAAAGAUGAAUUUUACAACCGCUACAUAAUGAAAAGUUUUCUGUUUGAACCAGUUGUCAAAGCAUUUCUCAACAAUGGAUCCCGCUACAAUCUGAUGAACUCUGCCAUAAUAGAGAUGUUUGAAUUUAUUAGAGUGGAAGAUAUAAAAUCAUUAACUGCUCACGUAAUUGAAAAUUACUGGAAAGCACUGGAAGAUGUAGAUUAUGUACAGACAUUUAAAGGAUUAAAACUGAGAUUUGAACAACAAAGAGAAAGGCAAGAUAAUCCCAAACUUGAUAGCAUGCGUUCCAUCUUGAGGAAUCACAGAUACCGAAGAGAUGCCAGAACCCUGGAAGACGAGGAAGAAAUGUGGUUCAACACAGACGAGGAUGACAUGGAAGAUGGAGAGGCCGUGGUGUCUCCAUCUGACAAAGCCAAAAAUGAUGAUGACAUUAUGGAUCCAAUCAGUAAAUUCAUGGAGAGGAAGAAAUUAAAAGAGAGUGAGGAGAAGGAGGUGCUCCUGAAGACGAACCUUUCUGGUCGGCAGAGCCCGAGUUUUAAGCUUUCGCUGUCCAGUGGAACCAAGACGAACCUCACCAGCCAGUCCUCAGCAGCAAGCCUGCCAGGCUCUCCAGGCUCACCCGGGUCCCCAGGCUCUCCCGGCUCUCCUGGAUCCGUCCCCAAAAGUACAUCCCCGACGGCAGCUAUUACUACAAAGGGAGGCCUCGUGGGUCUGGUAGAUUAUCCUGACGAUGAUGAAGAUGAUGAUGAGGAUGAAGACAAGGAAGAUACGCUACCAUUGUCAAAGAAAGCAAAAUUUGAUUCAUAAUAAUGGCAACUGCCUAUGAUCAGUACCUGUUGGAAAAAACUGGUUCUCUGCCCCUCCCCCUAUGAAGUCCACGACAAGCAGUGGUCUCUUGUGAAUGACUGACGCAGUCAGCCUCGCACUCGACUUCUGCUCAUCAAGUGCCAAUACAGCGGAGCAGGAGGGGCCGACAUGCACCUAGGGGAGGACUUGCCUCUGAGCUCUCCAGCCUGGACCACACAUUGCCCUUUUCUCAGGGAAGGAACUGGAAACAAAAAGCCAACGGGGCAGGGUUCUAAGUGGACUCGGGACGGAAGGUCGGUGCCGUGGGCAGACAGCUUUUGGAGACUCAGAAGAUGGGCCCCGUGCCCUGAUUCUUCCUAGCUAAGAAUGCCAGCAGUUUCUUUGUUUAAAGAGACCUGCCUUGAAAGCCGAACCUUCUGAACAUUUUAAUCAAGCUGUAACAGGCUUGGAAACCCUCUGGGGGAGGGCGAGUAUACAGUUUCCUCUUUUUUAUCUGUUCCCUUUGCCCUUCAAACUGCAGAUUUUUUUUUAAGUGGGGAUUUGUCCCUGCUUGAUUAAAGAUUGAGUGGAAUUCUAGAUGUGGUCAUUUGUGUCAUACUUUUUUGUUUCACUUUGUUUUUGAUUUUUUUCCUCCCCUGAGUGUAUGCUUAGUUGUUGAGUAUAUAUAUUUGGGACCAUUAAACCUUUUUUGAUGUAAUAUAACCUGACGUUGUGCCGGUACCUGUUUUACCAUGUGUAAUUUUUGUUCUACACCACCGUUCUUACUUUGUUUAGAGUUUUAUGAAAGAUGGUAUAGUUUUUAUUGACAAAAGCAAAGUAAUCUUACAACUAUGUGCAUACAAAAGCAAUACUAUUUUGUGACUAAAUAUUUUAUAUUAAAAUUUACAUCAGCAACUGUCUUGAGAAUUCAGGGAAAUAGAGUGGAAUUUAAAACUUCAACAGUUUUGUUAAACCUAGAAACAUGAAAUUAGUAUUCCAAAGAGAUUCUGAAAUUUCAUAUCUUGGGGAAAUGACGGUACAUUAAAUCAAAAUUGAGGAUGGAUGAUUUAAAAAUAACAUAUUUGACUUUUGAAUAAUAAAAAGUGAAGAGUAAGAGAAA